AUGUCGUUCAGGCUCGGCAACUUGGAGAGCGGCAUUAAUACCACCAUCUCGCACGCUGAUGGGCUCGCGUUUGGUGCCAAGCUUCUUUCUAUCAUCAACCUCGGUAGCUGUGAGUGCCUCAUCUGUAUCCUCAAUCUCAAAGAGACCAAGUUCACCGAGCAAUCAGCCGACUACCUAUGGCGUGCCUCCGACGGUAUCCUCUACGGCACACUGUACGCGAGACGAGCUCUUGAGGCCGCACUGAAAUGUUUGAAAGAGGUGGACAUCAAAAACGAUGUGGAAGACGGCACCGACAGCGGUAUCACAUACGACGGCGUAGGGUUGAAUUCCAAAAGCGCGGUCGAGAACCAAGCAGGCGACAAUAGAGACGACGACAACGAUGAUGGGAACAUGGAUCCUGACGAAAACGUCAGCCUAGUGGAGCAGCACAGUUCGAACGCUGAGCCUACAUUCUUGACGCCCGAUAUGGCCUUGAAGGGCGCGCCCUUACCACUCUGCCCCGCGAUUGAGUUGCUAUUGGCCUCUAACAAGGCCAAGCCAUCUCCUAACAGUCUUAGUAACAGCUUGCUCUCCAAGUCACAUGCCCCUCUUCUUGACGCCGGACCGCGACCCCCUCCGGGCCCUGCGGCCAGCCCUAUAGCUCCUUACCCGUUUUUGUUCUUAGCUAUGCAUAACGCUGGGGGCCAAGGCUAG